GUCUGUUAUGGCUCCUCCUGCUACAGUAGAACGGGGCUAGACGUAACACCAGUGCAGAGGAACGGGAAUAACACACAGCGAUACGUUUUUUCAGGUGCCACGGCUAAAGAUGGCAGAUCGUGCAAUGCUGAAUAAAAAUACAUAGAUGGUGUGCUUAGAGUCGCCUCUUCUGCUGUGAAGGCUUCGACGUUUCUUCAAGAUUAACAACACCCCAAAUGAACUCCGUCAGAGCAAGUAACGUUAGCAGAAGACCUAGGCGAGUCUCGAGGCCGCGCCCGGUGCAGCCGGAGAGGAACCACCAGGAAAGAGAUGAGGACGUUCCUGCAGAUAUGGUCGCAGAAGAAUCCGGUCCAGGAGCUCAGAAUAGUCCCUACCAACUUAGAAGAAAGUCUCUACCCAAGAGAACAGUGUGUCCGACAAAGACAAACAUGGAGGGUGCUUCAACUUCAACCAUAGAAAACUUUGGACACCGACCUAAGCGCCCCAGAGUUUCAGGAAAGUGUCAAGAUUUACCAGCAGCUCCAGCAGAGCAGUAUUUGCAGGAGAAGCUUCCAGACGAGGUGGUGCUAAAGAUUUUCUCGUACCUGUUGGAGCAGGACUUGUGCCGUGCAGCAUGUGUGUGCAAGCGCUUCAGUGAGCUGGCCAAUGACCCCAUCCUCUGGAAGAGGCUGUACAUGGAAGUGUUUGAAUACACGCGGCCCAUGAUGCACCCCGAGGCAGGGAAGUUCUACCAGAUAAACCCAGAAGAGUAUGAGCAGCCAAACCCGUGGAAGGAAAGUUUUCAGCAGCUGUAUAAAGGAGCACAUGUGAAGCCGGGCUUUGCAGAACACUUCUACAGUAAUCCUGCCAGAUACAAAGGGAGAGAUAACAUGUUUUACUAUGACACCAUUGAGGAUGCUCUCGGAGGGGGUCAGGAGCCUCACUUUGACGGCCUGAUAUUCGUCCACUCUGGUAUUUACACAGAUGAAUGGAUCUACAUCGAGUCGCCUAUCACAAUGAUAGGAGCUGCUCCUGGUAAAGUGGCAGAGAAAGUCAUCAUUGAGAAUACCAGAGACUCUACAUUUGUAUUCAUGGAAGGCUCGGAGGAUGCUUAUGUUGGAUACAUGACCAUUAGGUUCAAUCCUGAUGAUAAAUCCGCCCAGCACCACAAUGCACACCACUGCCUGGAGAUCACAGUCAACUGCAGCCCCAUCAUCGACCACUGCAUCAUACGCAGCACGUGCACAGUGGGGUCAGCUGUCUGUGUCAGCGGCCAGGGUGCUUGUCCCACAAUCAGGCACUGCAACAUUAGUGACUGUGAAAAUGUUGGUCUUUACAUCACUGACCAUGCACAGGGAAUAUACGAAGACAAUGAGAUCUCAAACAACGCUCUGGCUGGGAUCUGGGUGAAAAACCACGGCAACCCAAUCAUCAGAAGGAAUCACAUCCACCAUGGCAGAGACGUCGGCGUUUUUACGUUCGACCACGGCAUGGGUUACUUUGAGAGCUGCAACAUCCAUAGGAACCGCAUAGCCGGCUUUGAGGUAAAGGCGUACGCCAAUCCGACAGUGGUUCGUUGUGAGAUCCAUCAUGGUCAGACGGGGGGCAUCUACGUGCACGAAAAGGGCCGGGGCCAGUUCAUCGAGAACAAGAUCUAUGCAAAUAACUUUGCUGGGGUGUGGAUCACCUCUAACAGUGACCCCACGAUAAGGGGCAAUGCCAUUUUUAAUGGCAACCAAGGUGGCGUUUAUAUUUUUGGUGAUGGCCGAGGCCUCAUUGAAGGAAACGACAUCUACGGUAACGCCCUGGCCGGAAUCCAGAUCAGGACCAACAGCUGCCCUAUUGUCAGACACAACAAGAUCCAUGAUGGCCAACACGGCGGCAUAUAUGUGCAUGAAAAAGGACAAGGCGUCAUAGAGGAGAACGAGGUGUACAGCAACACGCUGGCAGGAGUGUGGGUGACAACGGGAAGUACGCCAGUACUGAGGAGGAACAGGAUACACAGCGGGAAGCAGGUUGGGGUCUACUUCUAUGACAAUGGCCAUGGUGUGCUGGAAGACAAUGAUAUCUACAAUCACAUGUACUCUGGAGUUCAAAUUAGAACUGGCAGCAAUCCCAAGAUCAGGCGGAACAAGAUCUGGGGAGGCCAGAAUGGAGGCAUUUUGGUUUACAACUCAGGCUUAGGCUUCAUUGAGGACAAUGAGAUCUUUGACAAUGCUAUGGCAGGAGUGUGGAUCAAGACGGACAGCAACCCCACUCUGCGGAGGAAUAAGAUUCAUGAUGGGAGAGACGGUGGGAUCUGUAUAUUCAACGGAGGAAGAGGGUUGCUAGAGGAAAAUGACAUUUUCAGAAAUGCCCAGGCAGGAGUCCUCAUUAGCACCAACAGCCACCCCGUACUGCGGAAAAACAGGAUAUUCGACGGAUUCGCAGCAGGUAUUGAGAUCACCAAUCAUGCCACAGCGACCCUAGAGGGCAAUCAGAUCUUCAACAAUCGGUUUGGGGGAUUGUUUCUUGCAUCUGGUGUCAAUGUUACAAUGAAAGAUAAUAAAAUAAUGAACAAUCAAGAUGCCAUUGAAAAGGCUGUGAGCAGAGGUCAGUGCCUGUACAAGAUUUCAAGUUACACCAGCUACCCAAUGCACGAUUUUUACAGGUGUCACACCUGUAACACAACAGACCGCAAUGCCAUCUGUGUGAACUGCAUCAAGAAGUGUCACCAAGGACAUGAUGUGGAGUUCAUCAGACACGAUAGAUUCUUCUGUGACUGUGGUGCGGGGACACUGUCAAAUCCUUGCACGUUAGCUGGAGAGCCAACUCACGACACAGACACACUGUAUGACUCAGCUCCUCCUAUAGAGUCCAACACACUGCAGCACAACUGAGCUCGAGACCAAAGGGUCUCUUGCGCUUUAGCUGUAAUGGACAUAAGACACUUUAAGUUGUGCAGUGUAGGAGGAGAUCCAAACUUAUAAAAAAAAAAAAGAGCAUAUACAGUGACUUGAACAAAAAAAAAAAGACUGAGACUCUAAAAGGAGACAUUUAGAAAAAAAAUAAGUGAUUAUGGAUACCUCGCUUUUUCUUCAAUUAUUUGACAUAAAAAA